AUGUCGCUUACUGGAUGUGCAGCUCAUAUUAAAAUUAAAAAUGACAGAAACCCUAAUGAUAUUCGUAGUUAUGCCAAUGUGAAGUUGCGACUGACAACUGAUCAAUCCGAUCCACAACUUUUUCUUCAAGUUCCACCUGACAAUGAAAUUAUUGGCCAAUAUCGUUUAAAAAAUUGUUCUUAUGUAUCAGACUCAUCAUCUCCCGGCAGCGUGGAAUGUAUUCGUAAGAAUUCUGAAGACGAAACAUUGGUUAUAAUUGAUACAACAAAACAAUGUACAGAAUUGUUAAAACACAUGCGAAAUUAUUUGACACAACAUACUACUACUGACAUGGACAUAGAUCCACCUGAACCUAUUCCUAAUGAAAAUGUGAAUCGAUUAAUUCAAGCAUUGAAUAAUAGCAAUGGAGAUGAAGCUGCCCGAAUUGCUCGUCAGCUUGCUUCUCAAAAGAUUCCAAUUCGUUUUGCUCUUGAUAUGAUUAAUGAAUACGGGAAUGCACCACCACGAGAACCACCGAAACCUCCUGUAAAACCAAUACAAUUGAAGUUAACAAUCGAAAGUUUUUUAAUUGAUUCUUGUACUGAUGAACAAUUUGAUGUGGCUAUUCUUCCAGAAACAACUAUAAAAGAUCUUAAACAAAUAGUCACACGUGAUACACAAGUUCCUUCUCAGCAACAAUAUUGGUUUAUUAAUCGAGAUCAUCUUGAUGAUAAUUAUAAAUUUGGUGAUUCACAUCCAAGAGCGAAUGAAAACACAGUACUUACUCUUUAUAUUGCUAAAACUCAAAAUCAUUGA